AUGGAGUUGUUAGGACGGAGGGUCCCAGAGGACAUCGAACCUGGGAGAUUGACGCAACAAUCUGGCCGGCAAACCAGCUCGACGCGACUUUAUACCAGGGUAGCAUUAGUUACACUGCUAACUCUAAUACCACAAUCAAUCGCACAAGACUGUAUGUCCUUAUCCGGCUCCUUGUUGUGUCCGGCAUUCCCAGAAGCUUCCAUCUCGACAACUAAUAGUAAGGUUGUUAGCUUUUUUCCUUUUCUUCAACGUGUUUCCAAUAUAACUACCUUUGAUGAGCAGCUAUUUAAUUACAUGACAACAAACUACGUGCAGGAAAAAUACCAAACGCUUUUUGGCUGCGAUAACGUUGAUCUUAAAAAUACUACAGAUCUAUAUGCGCGCUUCUCCACAACUGUUAUUUGCAACGCUAUAAUACAAAACUCUCGGGCUGCUUGCAGUUUAUCGGCUGCGGCAUCGCGGCCAGUCUGUGCAGAGACAUGUGCUCAGCAAGCUGAGAGUGAAUCCAUGAUAGUUGCUAAUCGCAAUCUUUGUGUAUCACCGGGAAAUAACUCCGACACCGAAAUCAGGGCCGACUUCACAAACUGCGCUCUCCCUGCAAACUCAUUGGCAAGCUCUUGCAUUGAGGGCAUUCAAAAUGAACCAAACAACUGUGGUUUCGGAAAUAGCACUAUCGGUUUGUGUCAGUACUGUGCUUCAGGAGGUCUCAAUAGCACAGACACUUGUUGCUAUACUUCAGAUGCCCAAAAAAAAUGUGCAAACGUCAUUCUUCCAUCCAUCACAGGCUUUGUAACUUUCACAGCUCCAGUACCAAGUCUUGCUCAAACCUCCAAACCAUCUGCAACAGGUUUACCACCAGAUGCCGCUAUAUCUAAGCUUUCGCACGGGGCAAUUGCAGGAAUUGCCAUUGGCUCCAUUUUGGGACUCGCAUCCUUUGGUGCACUAAUAUUUUUGUUCAUUUCAUGUCUUCAACGAAGAAGAUCUUCCCUUGCUGGAAGUAUAUUCAAUCAACCAUCUCCCUCGAGAUUCAACCAUGAUUCUCGAUCAUCAAGAAAACGACAAUUAAGUAUGACCAAUAACCCCAUUACUCGAGCACCAGAGGGCUACGAAAUACUUCCAGGUGGCCGAAUUGCCCGUAUGUCAGCAUUGGAAAGUCAUUCUAACGCGCAAGCCAAGAAGGGUUCGGAUUUAGGCAUUUCCGUGGAAUCAGCUGGCCACGCCAAGAGGAAUCGACCAUGCUCGGAAGCAGUCAGCAUAAAGUCUAAUUCUGCCAUAAGAGCAUUACGUCCUCCACAAACCAGUCGCCGGACCGGUUCUCUCUCCAGCAACUCAGCCCUAGGUUUGGAUGAAGUGAAUUCUCAAACACACAGUAGCAAGGGAGAUAGAUCUUCAGCACAUGGUCUUGCUAGUCAACAGUCCGAGCAGCUACCUUUUUUUAAAGAUUAUUACUCUCUUGAUGAAAUUCGACCUGGUGACUUAGUGGCUACUCUUUGGGCUUACCAACCUCGUGCCAGCGACGAAUUUACUCUAGAAAGGGGAGACAUGCUCAAGGUACAAGGAAUUUGGGACGACGGAUGGGCUACCGGUAUUAUGAUAGAUGAAAGGGCUGAACAAUGGGUCCCUAAACAUAAUGCCCGAAGAGAUAGUGGUGUUUCACAUACUUUUUCUCGGAAAGAUGACUCUUCAAAUGUGAGUAGUGAGAUUAAAGCAUUUCCAUUAGUCUGUGUCUGUCUACCAGAACAUUGGAAGAAGACAAUAGAGGGGGAUGGUUCCACCGAGGCCCGAUCAAGUUUGCAGGGCGCUGGGGCCCUAUCUUGA